CCGAUCGGAAAGAUUCAGAGUUAGCAGGCUAAAACACAUUUUAUUCUAAAUGCGUGAGUGUAUUUCAAUUCACAUUGGCCAGGCUGGAACCCAGAUUGGCAAUGCAUGCUGGGAGCUGUUCUGUUUGGAGCAUGGCAUUCAGCCAGAUGGUCUGAUGCCAAGUGACAAGACUAUCGCAGGGGAAGACUCUUUCAAUACUUUCUUUAGCGAAACUGGAGCUGGCAAACACGUUCCCAGAGCCAUCUUCCUGGACUUGGAGCCAACAGUCAUUGAUGAGGUCCGUACAGGAACUUAUCGCCAGCUCUUCCACCCUGAACAACUGAUAACUGGGAAGGAAGAUGCCUCAAACAACUACGCCCGUGGCCACUACACCAUUGGAAAGGAGGUCAUUGACCUGGUCCUAAACAGAACACGAAAACUGGCUGACCAAUGUACUGGACUCCAGGGCUUCCUCAUCUUUCACUCCUUCGGAGGAGGAACAGGGUCUGGGUUCACCUCCUUACUGAUGGAGCGUCUCUCUGUCGAAUACGGGAAAAAGUCCAAGCUGGAGUUUGCCAUUUACCCUGCACCUCAGGUGUCCACUGCAGUUGUGGAACCAUAUAACUCCAUCUUGACCACGCACACCACCCUGGAGCACUCUGACUGUGCCUUCAUGGUGGACAAUGAGGCCAUAUAUGACAUCUGCCGCAAGAACCUGGACAUCGAGCGACCCACCUACAGCAACCUUAACAGGCUGAUAGGGCAGAUAGUCUCCUCCAUCACUGCCUCACUGCGCUUUGAUGGAGCCCUGAAUGUGGAUCUGACAGAGUUCCAAACCAAUCUGGUUCCAUAUCCACGUAUCCACUUCCCUCUGGCCACUUAUGCCCCGGUCAUCUCUGCAGAGAAGGCUUACCAUGAGCAGCUGUCAGUGGCAGACAUCACCAAUGCCUGUUUUGAGCCAUCAAAUCAGAUGGUGAAAUGUGACCCUCGCCAUGGGAAGUACAUGGCAUGUUGCCUACUGUACCGCGGCGACGUGGUGCCCAAAGACGUCAACUCAGCGAUCGCCAAUAUCAAGACCAAGCGCACCAUUCAGUUUGUAGACUGGUGUCCCACUGGCUUCAAGGUUGGGGUCAACUACCAACCGCCCACUGUGGUUCCUGGAGGAGACUUGGCCAAAGUGCAGCGAGCUGUGUGCAUGCUGAGCAACACCACAGCCAUUGCUGAGGCCUGGGCUCGACUGGACCACAAGUUCGACCUCAUGUAUGCCAAGAGGGCCUUUGUUCAUUGGUAUGUGGGCGAGGGAAUGGAGGAGGGAGAGUUCACCGAGGCUCGUGAAGACAUGGCCGCUCUGGAGAAGGACUACGAGGAGGUGGGAACUGACAGUGUUGGAGACGAAGGUGAAGAGGAGGGAGAAGAGUACUAAUUGAUAGCACACCUUCUAAAGAUAUUCUAAAAUACCUAGUCUGAUGUAAACAGAAAACUGAGCAUCAAUCCAAUACCCAAGUCAGAAAAUAUAAUCAUUUAUGUUUUCUGACAUUGGAAUAGUUCAAAACCAAAUACAGCAUAUUUCUGUGGAGUUACAACAUAGCAUCUCAAUAAGUAAAUGAGCGUCCACUGUGACCAAGUCGAUGCAGUCUUUGUGCAAGACCAUAUCUAUAAUUGAAGCUUGAAAAAUGAAUAUGACUGCAGGCAUCAUUCUGAGUUUAAUAUAUAUAUAUAUCUCUGUCACCAGAAUCAAUAAAGAAA